UGAGAUUAACAGCAACUCCAAAGACAGGUUCAUGCUGCCAGGCUCGAAACAAGAGUAUCCAACUUCUGCCAACAUAACUUGAUUUCCUGUUGGAUAAAGGAGAGGGGAAUAUUCCUAGAAGCAACAGGAUCAGGCCACAAUACUGCUUCUGCUCCCUGGGAAAAGUGUUUGUAGGAAAAGAAAUAUGAAAUGAACAUGAGAAGAAUGGAAACCAAUCACAUCAGAAAAGAAAAAAGACAGGAGAAGAAUGAGAGGAUUCUGAUUAUUUAGAGCGUUCUGAUCAAGAAGGAGACCUGCAUCCCAGAAGCCUAGUUACAGGAAUGGACUGCCAUUUUUCUGUCUGGGGAGUUUUGGCCUUUCUGAGUUUGUCUCUGCUUGUUUCAGUGACACUGAAUAUUGUACACUGUAUGAAAAAGAAGCAAGCUAAAAUGUAUAAAGACUAUGAAGAGAAUGAUCCAAGUUAUGAUGGCUAUCACACAGAAGAUUAUCCAGUUUAUGGCAAUCUCAAUCAAGAUAUUUUAGAAGAAUGUUGUUACGAGCAGAUGAAGUCCCAGCCUCAAAGACCAGUUAACCAGCUACAGGUGGAGUCAGCCAGUCAGAUGUGUUAUGCCUCACUUGAUCACAGUGUCAAGGGAAAAUGCAGAAAACCAAGGAGAAAGAAAGAUCCUUCAUUAGAGGAAGAUGAAGGAGAAAGAUCAUCUAACCCCAUGGUGGCUUCCAAAGUUAGCAUUUACCUCAACAGUGAGCAGCUGGCUGCCGAAAACACGGAGAAAGAAGAAGCCAUUCACGAUGAUCCCAUCAGAUUAAUGGGCUUGAUUCAUAAUACAAAAGGGGAGAACUGAAUAUGUAAUGAACCAAAUAUGUAACCAUAAAGUGAGAUUUGCUUUUUCAUUCUGGAGAACCAGAAAAAAUAUUCCAGAAAGCCGACAUACUAAACAGUGGUAUGAAAUGGGCAAGUUAAGUGUUCCAAACUGUCUGCCAAACAUAUUUAUAGACUAAGCAAGACAUAGGUCCAGACUGCCACUCAGAUGAAUCUGCCCUUCUGAAGACAGUUUGAAAGAGUUGCAGAAGCUGGUAGCUCAGCAUUCACAUGGUACUGAUUCCAGUAAGAAUUGAUCCUGUUUUAAACAUCAUCAGCUUUCAAGCAGUCCUAAAAGACCCCCUUGUUGUCUAUACAGCUCUAGCAGAGUACAUCUAUUCCAUAUUAACUUCAAUACUUUUGAAAUGAGAUUGUGUUUCGUACAUGCACACUUGGUGAUUAGUUGUUUUACCAAAUAAGAACUAAUCUGCUGUUUCACGGUGUGAACUUGCUGACCGUGACUGGUCUAUGGCAAUGACUGGAGAAUAAUAUAACAGCUGAUUUAAAGUAGUAAUUGUACAUUUCAUGAGAUUUAGCAGUAUCUUUGUGUAUCUUUAGUUUCCUCUAACAAUCCUAGAAUACAUCUCAAAUCUCAACUCCUCUACUAGUGUAAUAUUGUAUACAGCUGUAUUCAAGCGUCCACAAAGAUUAUCAUACCACCUGUAACAAUAAAAACAGGAAGGAUUUCUUCCAA